AUGUACGUACAAAUUGAUAUCAUUCGCCUCAUACUUUUGAAGUUGACGGUAGAAGCUCUCAUCCGAUGCCAAUGCGUAUGCAAAGAAUGGCGUUCCAUAAUACAACACCCCGACUUCAAGCUCUCCUACCGCGGACCAAGGCGAGUGCUGGCGGCGGCGGCCUCCGACAGCACCUUAAUCUUUACAUCCAUAACCGACAGUCUAUGCAUUAAAACCCUAUUCCAUCUCAGUAAGAAUCGCUCCUUUCCUCCUCCCCUAUAUCGUUGGUGGUCUGGUGUUUGGUGCUCUUGCAACGGGCUUGUGCUUUUCUCCGUGCGAAAACAUAUUUUGUUGUGGAACCCCUCCACCCGAUGCUGCACAAAAGUGCUUGAGCUUGGACGUUUGAGCAACACCUUCCCUUGCGAUGUCGUCUCGGGGUUAUGUUACGUCUCGUCCACAGGAGAUUACAAGGCUGUUCUGGUAUUCCGUAAUGGCUGUAAUGGCGGUGAUCGCACUGCAAUGGUUGCCAGCCUCAAGAACAAAGAGUGGCGAAAAAUGACAUUUCCUUACUACAUAGGCUGCUCUACGGACAACGGGGUUAACUUUCACAACACACUCCAUUGGAGGGUAAAUGAUUCUAAACAAAUCACUUUCCCAUGGAGAUGUAAAAAUAUCAUUUAUUUCGAGGCGGAGAGCGACGAAUUCAAAGAGCUUCCCGGCCCUGAACUGUGCGGAUUGAAAAGUGAAGUUCUUGGCUUGGGAAUCGUGGACGGCUGUCUCAGCAUGGUUCACCAGGGGAAAGAAAGAGGAGAGAAAAAUGUGUUGGUUAUGAAGGAAUAUGGAGUGAAGAAAUCGUGGGUCCGUCAAUUUGUCAUCUCAUCUGCCUCUGAAUUAUUCAGUAUUGAGUAUAGUUACAUUACAUUAUACUCUUCCAAAUGCAAUACCAAAGUGCUGAUAUGCAGCUGUUUGUAUGGUUCUUGGGAAAUAUUAGUUUAUGAUGUGAGGAAUAACAAAAUGGACAAUUAUUUCUUAGAAUAUCCAAAAGAAGGUGAAGGUCUUUGUGAAGCUGCUACAUGCUCCUAUGUUGAGAGUGUUGUUUCGCCACAUGAAUUUAUUUGGAGAGAUGAUCAACACAAACCCCCUGAGAAUGAUAUUGUGUUGAGUGUGUUAAAGUAA